AUGAAUAUAAAUAAUGAUAAUAAAGGACAAUAUCAAGCUGUUAAUGUAAAUAAUGAUAUAAAUGAUUGGUCAUCAACUGAUGAAUUUCGUUUCGUUAAUAAAGAUGGUCAUAUUAAUGUUAAUUAUUUAUCUUUUGGACGUAUAAAAAAUAUGCAUUCAAAUAUGAUUUUAUAUAUCAUGCAAGCUGAAUGGUGGUUAGUAUUAUCAUUUGUUUUAUUUGGUUUUAUAUCAAGUUGGUUUAUAUUUGCAUUUCUUUAUUUUCUUAUAUCAAUUGAACAUGGAGAUUUUGUGUUAACAGAAGAAGAAGAGGCUUUAUUAGGAAAUUUAACGAAUUAUACUUAUGGAACAUCAUCGAUUGAAAAAGAAACAUGUGUUAAAGAUGUACACAAUUUUUUAAGUGCACUUCUUUUUUCUAUUGAAACUCAACAUACAAUUGGCUAUGGUUCACGAUAUAUAACAACAGAAUGUAUGGGAGGAAUUCUUGUACUGACACUUCAAUCAUCAUUGGGAUAUUUAUUACAAGUUAUUGUAACACAAAUUGUUUUUAGUAAACUAUCCAGACCAACAGAAAAAUCUCAAUUCGUUGUCUUCAGUGAUAAAGCACUUAUUCUUCCAAGAGAUAACCAACUGACGUUCACAUUUCGAAUAGGAAAUUUAUCACUUUCACAAUUAAUAUCUGCUAGUGUUCGUUUAUUAAUGAUUCGUCAACGACGAACACUUGAAGGUGAAAUAAUUCCUCAUCAAAUUUAUGAUAUGGAAUUAACACAUCUUCGUAAUGGUCGACUUUUUUUUCCUCGGCCCACUGUUGUUGAACAUAUUAUUGAUAGUCAGAGUCCACUAUAUGGUAUUCAAAGAUCUACAUUAGAAAAAGAACAUUUUGAAAUAAUUUCAAUUAUUGAAGGUGUUUUUGAUUAUACUGGAUUUUCAUGUCAUUUUCGUACAUCUUAUUUACCUAAGGAAAUUUUAUGGGGUUAUGAAUUUUCAUCUUGUGAUUCAACACUUGAAGGUUUUGAUUAUGAAAAAUUUAACAAAGUCCAAUUAACAUAUGGUCAACCAUUGUGGAAUUAUGAAGAUGAACAAAGUAGUGAUCGAACAAUACCGAAUACACCACGCAAUUCGCCUAGUCCGUGUUGUAAUCCUUGGAUUAGUACAAAUUCAAGCAAAGUACAGCAACAGUGUUCAAUCUCUAAUAAUAGGAUUAGUCAUAUGACAACGAUUGACUCAACUGAUACAGAAGAUGAAUAUGUAGAAACAUCCGCAGUAAAAUUUAGUCAUGUAUUUAUUGAAAAGUUUAAUUUUGAAUGA